UCCGCCAUUACACUAAAGAAGAGGACGUCACUUCCGGGAUGCGAUACAAUCCGAACCGAACACUUCCACGCUGCGACUCAGAGCUGGUUUUGUUUUUAACGACCGUCAGGAGUCCCGUUUCUCUGCGUUCAGGAGAGGUAUGUGUGUAAGUUGUUAACCUGUUCGACCGACCGCCUCUAACACCGAUAACAUGAAGAAAAGGAGCGCGGAGAAAAGACGCCAUGUGGUGGCGUGGACCAACAAGGCUGAGUGGGACCAGGUUCUGGAGUACCUGUACUCCAAGGAUCCCGCUCUACAGAGGUACGCCCUGCAGCGGAUCUCAGCCUGGAGAGGCCGGUACGCCAACAGCAGCCCGGUGGCGGUGGACUGCACGGCGGACCUGGUUCGGUGCCAGGUGCUGGACCGGUCGGGCCAGCUGGACGGAGACGACCUGGUCCUGCUCUAUGGAGCCGCCCUGAUGAGGUUCGUCAAUUUGAUCACUGAGAGACAGCAGGGGAAAACAGCCCGUCCCCUGAGGCGGCUGGCUGGGAACCUGAACAUCCCAGCGUGGGUGGUCGACCUGAGGCAUGACUUCACCCACAGGAAGCUUCCCACCUUGAAGUGGUGUCGAAAGGGAUGCAAGGUGGUGUUGGAGUGGCUCCAGCAUGAGUACUGGUCCAGGCAGCUGGGAGGAGGGCCCGGUGAGGACUGGGAGUCAGAGUCUGAUGGAGAGGAUGAGGAGGCUGACCUGAAAGGGGGGGAGCUCAUUGCAAGGCAAAAAGAAAUGGAAGCCUACAAGAAUGCACGGGAGCUGCUGAUAUCUUAUGAGAAGGAGCAGUUCCAGGCUUUUGACGGGCUUCCUGAAGACAAAGAGAAGAACAUGUCGCCAGCCCCCUUUGCAGACAUGAGCUGGUUGCUAGGUGAGAUCAAGCAGUUUGCUUUGCAGUCCAGUAACCUGCUGAUUGACGUGUUGCUGGAAGAUGGAUUUCUAGUCCCUACUGCUGAACAGCUGGAAACUUUAGGUUGUGACUCUUUUGACAGCGCUGGUCCUUUUGAGCUCAGACUCCCUCAAACCUUGCUGCGCUUCUGGCUGCCCCUCGUGAAGGUGCUCAACUCCCCGUCCUUCAUUCACGUGCUCCUGGAGAAGCUGUUUGUUGAACUGAAGCAGCUCGCCAAAGAGCAGAAUAAUAAUCAAAGGGCUUUCUACAUUUCUACUUGGAUUUCAGAAAUCAUUCUCUGCAACAGCAACAAAUUUGAAUACCAUUUUGAAACGAAGGGACAGAAGAAGACCAGGAUGAAGGAUAGGAUCUUUGUGAACCGCAUCCAGCUGAGGUGGCAGCAGCUGCUCUCGGCAUGCCUGGAUGCUCCCUGUGUCAGCACGCCUCACCUGCUGCAGUUAAUCCUGGACGACAUGGAGCAUCCUCUCCCUCUGGAGACCCGACAGCGGCUGCUCCAGCUCUGCUCCAUCUACACACAAAUUGGCCACUCUGAAUGUGACACUUUUCUGGAGCACAAACGACAGCCCAUAUACACACUGGAGAGUUUGCAUGAGAAGCUGCAGCAGUCGCGGCGCCACAGCCAGCGAUGGCGCUCCACGUCUGACGCGGAGAGAAGGAGUGAGUCCUCCUCCGAGCACAAAUGGGCGGAUGCUCAGGCUGAAAAGGCUAAAUUGCUCCGAGGUUCUCCAUGGCAGGUGUGCAACGAUAAAGUUCUGUGGAAGAACUAUCCUCUUGGUAAAGUACCUGGACAGUCAGAUGACCCAUCAUGCCUCAUGGUGGAAAACUACUCCACAAUGACUGUCUUUGACCAGCCGGUGGAGUUGGACAGCAGUACGACACACACUGCCUCUGCGGUCUCUGCAUCAGUGAGAACAGCUGAUGGUCUCCUUUGGAACCACAGUGAUGUUAACAAGCUGAAAUCUGGCCUUCAACUUUUUUGAAUUGUUGUUAUGCUGGAAGUUUAGUCCCUGGCUGCUGGCAUCAAGCCUUUUUUGAGUCAUUUAUCAGGCAAGAAUGCAGAACACAGGCUUUACAGCGAUGUCUUUCCUUUCUUCCACCUUUCAUUGACGUUGACUUGCACUGUUAAUGAAGUAGUCAGUCCCUAAAAGAGGAUUUGGAGUAGAUGCCUUUCAGUUGAAAAUCCUGGCAGAAGGGUUAUGUUGUAAUUUCAAGGUGUUCACUUAUCUUCAAUAAAAGAAAUGAUACUGAAGGAA